CCUGUACCACCCCCGUCCAGUCCCCAGACUGAGGUUCCGAGCUCGCGGGCCGGGAGCGGCGGCGCCCUCGGGGCAGCUAGACCAGCUCCGCGCCAUGCCCGCGGGCUGAGUGCCUCUGCGCGCCGCCGCGCCCUGGGACGCCGGAGGACGUCGUCCCGCCUCGCGUGGGUACUGUACGCGCCCGGGCAGGGCCCGGGCCGCUGACCAUGGUGCUGCCGCCCCCGGACAGGCGCCACGUGUGCCUGACCACGCUGGUGAUCAUGGGUAGCAUGGCCGUCAUGGACGCGUACCUGGUGGAGCAGAACCAGGGCCCGCGCAAGAUCGGUGUGUGCAUAAUCGUGCUGGUAGGCGACGUGUGUUUCCUGCUGGUGCUUCGCUACGUGGCCGUGUGGGUGGGUGCCGAGGUGCGCACGGCCAAGCGCGGCUACGCUAUGAUCCUCUGGUUCCUCUAUAUCUUCGUAUUGGAGAUCAAGCUCUACUUCAUCUUUCAGAACUACAAAGCGGCACGUCGCAGCACAGCCGACCCGGUGGCGCGCAAGGCACUGACCCUGCUGCUGUCCGUGUGCGUGCCAGGCCUGUUCUUGCUGCUUGUGGCCCUGGACCGCAUGGAGUACGUGCGCACCUUCCGCAAGCGCGAGGACCUGCGCGGACGCCUCUUCUGGGUGGCUCUGGACCUGCUGGAUCUGCUGGACAUGCAGGCCAACCUGUGGGAGCCCCCGCGCACCGGGCUGCCGCUGUGGGCCGAGGGCCUCACCUUCUUUUACUGCUACAUGCUGCUGCUGGUGCUGCCCUGCGUGGCGCUCAGCGAGGUCAGCAUGCAGGGCGAGCACAUCGCGCCGCAGAAGAUGAUGCUGUACCCGGUGCUCAGCCUCGCCACCGUCAACGUGGUGGCUGUGCUGGCGCGCGCUGCCAACAUGGCACUGUUCCGAGACAGCCGCGUCUCGGCCAUCUUCGUGGGCAAGAACGUGGUGGCUCUGGCCACCAAGGCCUGCACAUUCCUCGAGUACCGCCGCCAGGUCCGCGACUUCCCGCCACCUGCGCUCGCGCUGGAACUGCAGCCGCCACCUUCACAGCGCAACUCCGUGCCGCCUCCGCCACCACUGCAUGGUCCGCCGGUGCGUCCCCACGGGCCCUCACCCACGCGAGAUGCGCUGGACACGUGACAGGGCCCCGCGGACUGCAGAGACGCUGGACCAGCUGUGCGCAGUUUGCAUGGGAUGGGAUGGGGCGGGCUCCCCUUGGGGACAGGUGCGGUGAGUACCUGUGCAAUGCCUGGGGUACCUGGGGCCGUGUCUGCUUCUUCAUCUCAGGAAUCCCUCGGACCACGGACCCUCAGCCUCCACUCCACAAGCCCACCUCGAUGCGCAGGGCAGUUUGUGAGGCCUGGUCCUGAGUAGCGGUGGCUCUACGUCUGCCUGCUGCCGCUGCCAAGGUGGGAAGGGAGGGCAGUGUUCCAGGAAAUAUGGUCCCAUGGUGGGGCCCUCUGGCUCAGAGUUUGGGGCCGAGGAGGCCUCUGUCAUUUUAAAGACUGGUGUUUACAGUUUUGUA